UCAGAGAGAGUACCGUAUUUAAUUAUUAAUUUGUAUUUGAAAUCUUAAUGAUUACAGAUUGAGAUUAAGUUAAUCUGUAGUCGAUUCACUAAGUUACUGCCUAAAAGUAAAAGUGAGUCUUGGACUAAGAUAAAAAAUAAAUCAUAAAUAAAGAUUUACAUUUACAUAGAUCUAGUAGAUCUAUAUAGUAAGAUCUUUAGAUCUACGUCGUCAUACCAAAUAAUAUGGUUUGUGAAAAGUGUCAAAAGAAGUUGGGAAAAGUAAUUACACCUGAUCCAUGGAAAGCUGGAGCAAGCAACACCACAGAAAGUGGAGGGCGGAAGAUUGGUGAAAACAAAGCUUUAACUGCAAAAAAAAAUAGGUUUAAUCCAUAUCAGAAAGGGUUUGAGAAGUGCAGGAUAUGUAAAACCUCAGUUCACCAACCUGGCUCUCACUACUGCCAAGGCUGUGCUUACAAAAAAGGAAUAUGUGCAAUGUGUGGUAAAAAAGUUUUAGAAACUGCAAACUACAGACAAAGCUCAACAUAAAGUUUAGAAUUUUUUGAAUGAAAAUGUUAUACUUGUAAUUUUGGGAGGAUUGGAUGAAAUAAAAUGUAAAUAUAUGUAUACCACAUUUUAUACUAUUUGUAAAUAGGAAUUUAACUUUUUUUUUUUUUUUUUUUUUAAAGUAUAUAACACAUAACGAAGGAGUUAUGACACUUUUAGUAGCUAAUUAAAUGUCUUGAAAUCACAUUUUGUAUUGAUGAAGAAAUAUUAAGUAUUAAUGCAGCUUCGUGUUUGAAAUAAUGUGAAGGCUUCAAAGAAUUGGACUUGUAAUGAAAUAUAUCUUUGAACACUUCAUUGUAAAAUGUUAAAGAUUGAUACUGUGAAUAUAUCAUAAAAUGGUAACUGUUGUUACUUGCACAUUUGAUUAUAAUCAUUUCUAUCAGAAUUUGAAAACAAUCUUAAAUAGAAUUGGUCCAAGCAGAGAAACAAUUUUGGUUGUUCUAGUUUAUUAUUAAAAUUUUGUUUAAAAAAUACUGGGGUAUGUUUCAUUCAGAAAUGAAACUGUUUCUAAGAAAAAGAUAAAUUAUCUCCAUCAAGUUUUGGUCCAAUGUUGCUUUUAUUUGUCUAAUUUUGUAAAUAGCUAUUUUUCUUUUUCUAUUGCUGUGCUUUUUUUUAAAAUUUAAAUUAUACUUUUAUAAUUAAGUUUUUGACAAAGUUACUGACUUUAACAAGCUGCCAAGCAAAACACAGUUUGAACAUUGUGGUGUAGCCAGUGUACAGGGACUUAUUGAUCAACAAAUAUACCAUUGAAGAGAUCUUAUAAUUAGAAUCAAAUUUCUAAGCUCUUUUGUUGUAGAACAAAGUAAUUUUUAUUAUUUAUUUGGCAAAAGUUAUUUUCAGUUUGGCUUAUUUGACAUUCUUUCACUAUUUUCUUCUUUUCAUAUUCUUAAGGUUCUCCACCACAUUUCUUGUCACUUUCUCCUCUUCAUAAAUUAUGUUUAAAGAAUGCAAACAGCAUCAUACAUCCUAGAACAUGUAAAAAUAGAGCAGAUUACAGUGAUUAACUUUUAGUUUGCCAAUACAUUUUUCAUUUCCAUUUUGUUAGUUUGAUUCUUUAUUUAAAAAUUUAUUAUGAAAAAAACCCAACUUUUCUCGCGUAAAUAAUGUCCAGCUCAAGAAGACCAUUCGUAAAUGAUAGUAGUUAGUUCUGUCUGGUUUUAGGAUUUGCAGAAGUUGUCUAUCUUUGUAUGAUUGUAUUUGGAUAUUUACUCACAUUGUUUUGGAUGAAUACACACAUCUACUUAUACUUUAGAUUGAUUCAUUGAAUAUACAUCAAUAGUGUUGAUGUUGUUCCACAUUUUGUACAAAACACUCAAGCCACAAACUAGACAGAUAUGUAUCACAAGGUAGACAACUCAUGGACAAAAUAAAUUGCACAGUUUAUUUACAAAGUCA